UGUAUUUUGCAAACGCAAAGCAUCAUCAUGGCUUGUGAUAAAUGAAAAUCAAACGUGAAGAGAAAAUGUGCCAAUAUAAAUAACAUGAGAUAAGCACGAUAUAAUAAAAUUGAUGCUGCGGUGACAAGUGGUGCUAAUUAGCUUACACAUAGCCGCCUCUUCUUAUUUGGUAAAAAUGAGCAAAGAAUACGACGUGUAUAGGGAUAGCAAAUUGCGGUACUUAGGAUACUCCAACGAGGUAGGAGAAGCAUUCCGCCCACUCAUACAUCGCAAUUUGGUGCGUGCAUCCUAUUUACUGGCCACGGCUUAUGUAUGUGCUGAUGCUGUUGAUAAAUCAGUCAGGGAACAUCAACGCGGAAGCAGCACCAAACAAAUAGCCGUUGUUACUGGUGAUGUAUUCACAUGGCAAAUGGUCGCCUCUGUCAUCAUUCCCGGCAUCACAAUAAAUAGAAUAACUUGGCUGACUGGCUAUUUGAUUCGUAAAGCGGAAGUUAAAAAAGCUUUUGGAAAGAUAUUACCCACCGCAGUUGGUUUGUGUUCAAUUCCAUUAAUAAUCGGUCCCAUAGAUAGAUUUACCGAUCAUCUAAUGGAUGAUACAUACCGAAAAUGGUUAAGCUAAAAAGUACUGUUUUAGCAUUUAAGCUUUAAAUGUUGUUUACUGCAUAGGUGCAAUAUAUUUACAUCCUUUUUAGUAUUUCGUAAUGAAAACUCUAUUUUCUAUUUUAAAAUGUUAUUAAACAAAUGUUGCAAUAUUGUAGUAAGAUGUUAGUAUGAAUAAAUACCUAUACAACUCCUCAAA